AAUGAAAACACUAAAAUUCUUCUCUUCUCCUUCAUUUCCCCUCAUGCGCCGCCCCCUAUCUCUCACCGCCAUUUUCCCUCUCUGCUGUUGCCGAUCAUCACACCGGCCGCGAUACUACCUCGCCAUCCGUCCAGCCCCGACGUCAUCGCGUGGAACAGUUCUUCUCUCUCUCUCUCUCCCUCUCUCUCUCUCUCUGCCACCAUAGCCCAUGCCCCGUACCACUGUCAUCGGCGAUGUCACAUGCAUUCACCAGUAAGACCUCAUCCAUCUCUCUCUACCACCUUCUCACUCUUCCGAGGUGAUUCUCUUUGUUGCGGUGUUCUUCCAGCAAUCUUUACCGCUGUUGAGUUGUUCCACACCAUUUGAUUUGAAUACAGAGAAUCCUCACAGGAGUGAGAAGGUCAUUCUAGGUUGUUCUAAAAAAUUUUGGGUUGUUAACAAAAUUAGAGAAAGAGAGAGAGACCAAGGUCGUUGGGUAUCUAGGUGGGACUUGAACGAACACAACAACCAAAAAAAAAAAUCCCAACUUGACUCUCUUAUUCACAGGAUCUUGAUGAGAGAAACAACAACAAAAUGCAAAAGAAAAAUACAACAAACAAAAAACAAUAGUGCUACAGGUACACGGCACUGCGUACCCGCUGGGGAAGCGGCUGACGUGAGCCGACAUAUUAAAAAAAAAAAAAAAAAAGGGCGGAAAUCGUUUCCAUUUUAGGCGUAUUUUGAAACCUAUUCUGUUUUCGGAAACCCAGAGAAUUCGAGGGGAGAUAAGCCACCCACAACUCGAAACCCAUUUUGAGAGCACGGUAACGUUGCCGUCGCCGUCGCCGUCGAUUCCGGAAAGGCAGUAAAUUUUUCAGACUCGAGAAUCAUGGAAAAAGGAGAAGAACACUCAGCUCCGCUAACACCAUCUAGCUCAAAUCUCCCAACCACGGGCAUACCGUCAACUUCUGUAAGCUUCAGAAAUUACAUGCACAUAGGUGGUUACUAUGGGGAACUUCCGACGUGGGCACCUCUAACGCAACAGCCAGAUGGGUACCAAUAUCCAUGCAAUAUUCAAGAGAGAGAUGGAGGAGAUACACCAUUGCCGGACACUUGCCGGAAUUUAUUUGGCCCGUCAUUCUUUGAUACUUGUGAUGUUGGAUUGUCGCAGCUUGUUGAAGAAAGCUCAAUUCUGGAAAAAUGUCGAACCCAGCGCCAAGGAUCAAUGAUCGGGAGUCAAGAAAUGGUACUGAUUCAUGACCCCACCACGUCAGAAAUAUAUAGCAUGCUCAUCCCACACAAAUGCCCACGACCAGAAUUACUAAGUUAAUCAGAGAGAUGUAAUUUGUUAUUAUUGUUGCUUGUGAGAAAUGUAUUUGGAAAGCCUAGAAUUAUAAAAGGUUGUAAUGGUAACACAUCUAUUAGAAGGAUACGGCAAUUGCUCAAUGUUAGACCUCAACUUAAAUAUUCUAAUAGAUUAUUGUUGCACCAA